UAUUCCACCUCCAAACCCUUAAAGAUCCUCGGCUGCUCCCACCCACAUCCUCGGCAUGAAUCUUCAAGUUUCCUGCCUGUCAGAUCCCUGGCCAAACGUCACAGAAGCAGCAGCAUCACAGGCGCCAGCGCCCCCAGCAUCUCCAGCGCCUCUCCACCUGGCUAACCAAACAGCGCACUGGAGGCGGAGGGGCAGCGGCCCGCCUCUCCCGGACAGAGCCUCCGUCAGCAUGGGGGUGACAGGUGUAAAUGCAUUUCCCUGCUGUGGCAAGAGCGCUGUGGACGUCGUGGAGAAAACGAAUGACUAUCACCACCAGCCCCACAUCCAUAAAGAAGAGGAGGAUGAAGAAACAGAGCAGAAAGCAGAACUGCCCAAAAAGGAGACACUACUCAAAGGGCACCCAGACCCAGGCCCAGUGCCACAGCUGGAGGAGAUGGCGCCAGUGGUACCCUCUAAGCCCACACCUGAGACCGAAGGGGAGUAUUUCACUGAAAGCCCGGAGCAGGAGGGCUCCAGGAUCGAAUCCCUCAAGCCCUAUGAGGAAGAGCUGUCAUCCAGGCCCUGGAGCUUCAUCGCAAACUCGAGCAACAGGGAGGAUGAGCAGAUGUGCUCCACCCAGUUCCGCUCCAUCUGCGUGCAGACCUCCAAACACCUCUUCUGGGCGAACAAGCUCAUCCAGGCGUCAGAGCACAGCCUCCAGCGGGCCUUAGAGAAACACCGCAAGAGCCCGCGGGAAAAGUCUGUCUGCAUUCCCCAGGUUCUCCCAGACUGUGCCCCACUGUCAUCAAGUCCCCGGGUAUCCUGCACUACCCUGCCCACAGCCAUUGGCCUGGCAGAUCUGAUCAACUUCGCAUCCUCCCUUGCCGUAGCCUCCUCCAGCAGCAGGGACUUGCCUAAUCUAGAAAAUAUGAUCAAAAGUACAUCUGAGAAGUCCCAGGAGACGUCUACAGAGCUUUGCCAGCCGGUCCGGUCCAUCCAGUAUGCCCAGGCUACCCAGAUUACCCAGAUAUCCUCGGAGAAGCAAGAGAAAUCAUCCAAAGACGUGAUGACUCAUGAAUCUUGGACUCAAGAAACCAGGAACGUAGCUUGCUCUUACCUAGAUUUUAGCAAGACAGGGUUCAAGAAGGCCACCAUCGAAGGGGAAGUGAAGUUUGUCAAGGCACCACCCUCACCCCAGCUUCAGGAAGCCAAAGAAGACUCGGUGCCGGCAACCACGAAAGGGAAUCCAUUAUUGCUGAAAAUCCAUUUUAAGUUGUCGUCCCCUUCACCCCAGAGAAAUUAGACAAAACAUUAAAGCUUCCAGUGCUGGCCCUGCUGAAGACUCUUUUUUAAGCUGCUGGGAUCAAACCCAGGGCCCUGAGCAUACUUAGGCCAGCAUCUUACUCCUGGGCUAUAUCCUCAUCCCUUGGACUCUGGAGACAGUGUCUCCUUCUGUAGCCCAGACUGGCCUCGAACCCUUGGUCUGCCUACCGCAGCCUCUCGAGCGAUGACAUUGCAAGGACAUACCAUUCUGCCUGGGCUCUGGCUCAGGUUUGGGAGGACCAGCUCCUCCUAACCACUGAGCACAGCUGGCUGCUAUAUUCUGGAAGUGAUUUUUUUAGGGUUGGCACCUCUACUUUUGAGUUUCCCGUGAGCCCGCCCAUCCCCUGAGAAUUCUGGCCCAGCCAUCUAGACUUUGCUUCCUCCCUGAAGUGUUUCUGCUUUUCUUCCACCUACCAGACCACUAGGCCACCUCAGAACUCCAUCCCUGGCUUCAGUUUCUUAGGCCUAAAU